AUGGAGUCUGGGGCGCCACGCGUAAAGAAUAAGAAUCCAGCGCCAAUUCAGAUUUCGGCUGAACAACUUCUUCGGGAAGCGUUCGAGCGACAAGAAGUCGCGUAUCUUCCUCCGAAACAGAACAUCAGCGAUUUAGAGGAGCUUCAUGAGUAUCAAGGAAGAAAAAGAAAGGAGUUUGAGGAGGCGAUUCGCCGGAAUCGGCUCGCAAUGGGAACUUGGCUUCGCUAUGCUCAAUGGGAACUCGAUCAAAAGGAGUACGCGCGCGCUAGAUCAGUUUUUGAGAGAGCUCUCGAUGUCGAUGUAACCCAUAUUCCUCUUUGGUUGAAGUAUCUCGACAGUGAGGUUAAGACCCGAAACAUCAACCAUGCGAGAAAUCUGUUCGACCGAGCCGUUAGUCUACUUCCUCGUGUUGACAAGCUUUGGUACAAGUAUGUAUACAUGGAGGAGAUGCUAGGAAAUAUCAGCGGUACGCGGCAGGUCUUUGAACGCUGGAUGAAGUGGGAGCCUGACGAAUUGGCUUGGAUGGCUUAUAUUCGAAUGGAACGCAGAUACGACGAGAAUGCUCGAGCGCGUGGAAUCUUUGAACGGUUUUUAGUCGUUCAUCCCGAACCUAUGAAUUGGCUUCGUUGGGUACGAUUUGAAGAGGACUGUGGAAAUCUGACCAAUGUUCGCAACGUCUUUUCUGCUGCUUUGGACGCACUUGGAUUAGAAUUCAUCGAUGAGAAACUGUUAGUGGCUUUUGCUAAAUUUGAAACACGCCAAAAAGAGUACGAACGUGCUCGUACUAUAUACCGCUAUGCUUUAGACCGACUUCCGCGGUCAAAAGCACGACUAUUGUACAAAGAGUACACACAAUUUGAAAAGCAAUAUGGUGACCAAGUUGGCAUUGAGAACGUGGUUAUAGAAAAACGAAGACUGAAGUACGGAAAUAUUCUUGCUGAACAGCCUCACGACUACGACACUUGGCUCGAUUUAAUCAAGCUGGAAGAAAGUACCACUGAAGCCGAGCGAAUCCGUGAUGUCUACGAACGGGCUAUCGCUCAAGUUCCAGCAGGCGACAAGAAGGCAUGGGAGCGCUAUAUUUACAUAUGGUUGAACUAUGCCUUGUAUGAAGAAAUCGACAUGCGGGACGUCGAGCGCUGUAGAAGCGUAUACACCAACUGUCUAAAACUUAUCCCUCAUAAAAAAUUCACAUUCGCAAAAGUUUGGCUUGCUUAUGCAUACUUUGAACUCCGCCAGAAGAAUCUCCCUGUCGCACGACGGACCCUCGGUCGUGCUUUAGGUACGUGUCCAAAGCCAAAGCUGUUUCGCGAGUACAUCGCUUUGGAAGAUUCUCUAAAACAAUUCGACCGCUGUCGUAUCCUCUAUGAAAAAUGGAUUCUGUUUGACCCUGAAGCAUGUAAUCCAUGGUUGGGUUAUGCCUUGUUGGAAGACAAGCUUGGUGAUGUUGACCGAGCUCGUGCAGUCUUCGAGCUUGCUGUUUCACAGCCCGUAAUGGAGACUCCUGAAUUGCUUUGGAAAGCAUACAUCGACUUUGAGUUUGAGGAGUACGAGUUUGCUAAAGCUCGGCAGCUAUACUACCGCCUGUUGGAAAAGGCACCCCACGUCAAGGUUUGGAUCAGUUUGGCCAAUUUUGAAAUUGCCCAUAUGGAAGAAGACGAUGAACAGCCUCCCAGUGAUGACAAACCUUCUCCCACAGCGAUCCUUCGUUCUCGCAAGGUGUUCGAAAACGCACUACAAAAUCUCAAGACACAGCAACUCAACGAGGAGCGCGUUCUGUUGCUAGAAGCUUGGAAGCACUUUGAACAGUUGCAUGGUGAUGCAUCUUCCUUGCAGAGUGUUGUUUCAAAGAUGCCACAAGUCAUCAAGAAACGCCGGAAACUUCCCGACAACUCCUUUGAAGAGUACUACGAUUACUUGUUCCCUGAAGAAGGUUCAGAAAAGGAGGACAAAAUGCGCAAGAUGCUUGAACUUGCUCGGAAAUGGAAGUCUGGCAUUCAAAAUAAAGCUGCAUAA